UCAGCCAUCUCGGUAGCUUGAUAGAGGAAAUAGCCGAACCAAUAUAGCUCUUUAGACGCUUUAGUGUAUAUUAGCCACUGUGUUUUAAAACCCACUUCUGUCGUCUAGAUAGUUAUCCGAUUUAAUUUCAUAUUUACGUUGUUAUUGGUCAGCUAGCUGGCUUGUUAAGUUAGCAUUAGCCUAGCUAGCUAACUGUUAGCCCUCAUCCCCGACCAUGAGUUCACCAAGCUACUCUCCUCUUGAUGAAGAGGAGGAGGAGGUCUGCUGGACGGAGAAAGAGGGUCUGUGGCUGAAUGUUGUUGUGAAAGAGGAGAAGGAAGAAGAGGAUGUCACAGUAACAAAAGUAGAGGAAGAGGAGGUUGUUACAGUAAAACAAGAAAUAGAGGGUGAGGAUGUUACAGUGAAAGAAGAGGACGCGUUCAGAGUGAAAGAGGAGGAAGGUAUUACAGUAAAAGAAGAGGAGGGAGAGAUAACUGUCAUAUUGGAAGAGGAAGAGGUUGGAGACCUGAUUAACACCAGAGAGAGACAAGACUAUCGUGGAUCCUCUGGGGAGCCUCAACAACAUCAUGAUGCUGAUGAGGCAGAGAAGAGUCUCUCCAGAGCAGAAAACCUCAAGAAACCCCAGCAGAGACCCACAGGGAAGAAAUAUCACCACUGCCCGGACUGUGGGAAGAGUUACUCAAGAUCAGAUUCACUAAAAGUACACUUGAGAAUUCACACAGGAGAGAAACCUCACUGCUGCUCUGACUGUGGGAAGAGAUUCACCUCUUCAGCAGACCUUAGAAGACAUGAGAGAAUCCAUACAGGAGAAAAACCGUAUAGCUGUAAUCAAUGUGGGAAGAGUUUCACAACAUCUAGCCAGCUGACUAUACACCAGAGAACACACACAGGAGAGAAGCCUUACCACUGCUCUGACUGUGGAAAGCGUUUUCUUAAGUCAGGACAUUUAAAAUCACACCAGAGAACACACACAGUAGAGAGACCUUAUAGCUGUAAUCAAUGUGGGAAGAGUUUUACACACUCAAGCUGCCUGAUAGUACACCAGAGAACACACACAGGAGAGAAGCCUUAUAGCUGUGAUCAGUGUACGAAGAGUUUUGUUACUUCUAGCCGUCUGACUAUACACCGGAGAACACACACAGGAGAGAAACCUUAUGCCUGUGUUCAAUGUGGGAAGGGUUUUGUUACAUCUAGCAGUUUGAUUAUACACCAGCGGACACACAGGAGAGAAAUCAAUGUGGCAAGAGAUACUCUGGUAAAAAAUCUCUGAUUAAACUAUCAGAAAAUACAGCCUCCCGUGUGGCGCAGUGGUCUAAGGCAUCAGUGACAGUGUACUAGUCACGAUAUACACCCCCAAAGGGCCACGUCGUGACAGUGUACUAGUCACGAUAUACACCCCCAAAGGGCCACGUCGUGACAGUGUACUAGUCACGAUAUACACCCCAAAGGGCCACGUCGUGACAGUGUACUAGUCACGAUAUACACCCCCAAAGGGCCACGUCGUGACAGUGUACUAGUCACGAUAUACACCCCCAAAGGGCCACGUCGUGACAGUGUACUAGUCACGAUAUACACCCCAAAGGGCCACGUCGUGACAGUGUACUAGUCACGAUAUACACCCCAAAGGGCCACGUCGUGACAGUGUACUAGUCACGAUAUACACCCCCAAAGGGCCACGUCGUGACAGUGUACUAGUCACGAUAUACACCCCAAAGGGCCACGUCGUGACAGUGUACUAGUCACGAUAUACACCCCAAAGGGCCACGUCGUGACAGUGUACUAGUCACGAUAUACACCCCAAAGGGCCACGUCGUGACAGUGUACUAGUCACGAUAUACACACCAAAGGGCCACGUCGUGACAGUGUACUAGUCACGAUAUACACCCCAAAGGACCACGUCGUGACAGUGUACUAGUCACGUUAUACACCCCAAAGGGCCACGUCGUGACAGUGUACUAGUCACGAUAUACACCCCAAAGGGCCACGUCGUGACAGUGUACUAGUCACGUUAUACACCCCAAAGGGCCACGUCGUGACAGUGUACUAGUCACGAUAUACACCCCAAAGGGCCACGUCGUGACAGUGUACUAGUCACGUUAUACACCCCAAAGGGCCACGUCGUGACAGUGUACUAGUCACUUUAUACACCCCAAAGGGCCACGUCGUGACAGUGUACUAGUCACGAUAUACACCCCAAAGGGCCACGUCGUGACAGUGUACUAGUCACGAUAUACACCCCAAAGGGCCACGUCGUGACAGUGUACUAGUCACGAUAUACACCCCAAAGGGCCACGUCGUGACAGUGUACUAGUCACGAUAUACACCCCAAAGGGCCACGUCGUGACAGUGUACUAGUCACGAUAUACACCCCAAAGGACCACGUCGUGACAGUGUACUAGUCACGAUAUACACCCCAAAGGGCCACGUCGUGUCAGUGUACUAGUCACGAUAUACACCCCAAAGGGCCACGUCGUGACAGUGUACUAGUCACGAUAUACACCCCCAAAGGGCCACGUCGUGACAGUGUACUAGUCACGAUAUACACCCCCAAAGGGCCACGUCGUGACAGUGUACUAGUCACGAUAUACACCCCAAAGGGCCACGUCGUGACAGUGUACUAGUCACGAUAUACACCCCAAAGGGCCACGUCGUGACAGUGUACUAGUCACGAUAUACACCCCAAAGGGCCACGUCGUGACAGUGUACUAGUCACGAUAUACACCCCAAAGGGCCACGUCGUGACAGUGUACUAGUCACGAUAUACACCCCCAAAGGACCACGUCGUGACAGUGUACUAGUCACGAUAUACACCCCAAAGGGCCACGUCGUGACAGUGUACUAGUCACGAUAUACACCCCAAAGGGCCACGUCGUGACAGUGUACUAGUCACGUUAUACACCCCAAAGGGCCACGUCGUGACAGUGUACUAGUCACGAUAUACACCCCAAAGGGCCACGUCGUGACAGUGUACUAGUCACGAUAUACACCCCAAAGGGCCACGUCGUGACAGUGUACUAGUCACGAUAUACACCCCAAAGGGCCACGUCGUGACAGUGUACUAGUCACGAUAUACACCCCAAAGGGCCACGUCGUGACAGUGUACUAGUCACGAUAUACACCCCAAAGGGCCACGUCGUGACAGUGUACUAGUCACGAUAUACACCCCCAAAGGACAACGUUGUGACGUUGAUAAGUGUUGUUGACAUGAAGAACAUUCACUUGCUGCCUCAUCGAUCUUCCCAAAUGUAUUAAUC